UCUAUUCAUUUUUUUUUUUUUUGCGCAAUCCAGUGUCCGACUGCUAGCCGCCGGUGCGUCCUGUGCAGAGCGACUGAGUUUUUAGAUUAUUUUUAUUAUUUUUUAUUAUUAUUAUUCUUUACCAAACAGGAAGCCCAAGUUUAAUAUUUAGCCUGCGUGAUUUCAUUUUGGGAUUUUGCGUCGGCCAAAUAAAACUUGUCUGGUCGGCGCAAGGGGGAGGGCGAAGUAGAAAGAGAGAGAGAGAGAGAGAGAGAAGGGAAAGGAGAGAGAACGACGGCGGCGCUCAGGAGGGAAAAAAGCCCACACAUAGACUCUCACACGCGUCGGGCCGGAGGAGGGGACGAGGACAGCGAGGGGGGAGUUCACUCCAAAUGCUAUCCCUUUAAAACAAGGGGGACACGGCGGUGGGGGAAGAGAGCGAUAGCGGCGCGGAGAAAGACGGGAUAAAAAAAGAAAAGGGAAGAAAGAGCGAGGGCGGGAGGGAGCGUGUUACAAGGGAGAGAGAGAGCGAGGGAGUGAGAGAGAAAAAAAAGGAAAGAUGUCAUCCUCCCGAUUGAAAUGCCGAGGCGGAGUCAUGGACCGCGACCGACGAAGCGACUCACCAGACAGGGAUGAGAUUUAACGCAAGACCGCGGCUCGCUCACAGGCCCAGAAGGCGAAAACCUUAGCUCCAAUAAAAUAGGUUGAUUUGUUUUAUUAUUUUUUUAUUAUUAUUUCCCUUAUCCCGAGCGACUGCUGAGCAUAAAGUCAACGUCAAACUCAUUUUUUUUUUUUUUUAACGUUGGAUUUGUUUUGCAUGAAUUAUUUGCACAUGGCUGUCUUUAUUUAUAAGCCACUAUUCCAGCAACAAAUAGAUGACAUGCAUUGCAUUAAAUGUAAUGUAAAUUAUAUAAAGCAUGACAAAUUAUGACUUAUUUUUAAACGGCGAAUUUGUUCGUGUAGGAGUUUUUAUUUUUUAUUUUUUUUGUGGAGAUGCAACUGUUAAUAUGAUCUAGGUUUUUCUUAAUCUUGUUUUUUUUUUUUUUUGUCAUUUUAAAAAUCCAGUAUUUGUAAAUAUCUAAACUCACUAAUCUGUGAACGUUUUUUAAAACCAUACACCGUCCUUGCUCUUGCUACUGGGUUACUUCUCCCCCUUAUAAAGCACAAAUUAGGGGAAAACCUUUGUCGAGAAUUAACUUCCAAAGGAUCGAGAGGGAAAUCGGUCUAUCUGACGUCACUGUUCAGAGAGUCGUCACGCCCACGUCACUUCCGUCGUCGAUUCUUCAAAGAUGGACGCUGCUUGGAGUAAUUUCCUCUUUCAGGCCACGCCUUCACAGUCUCAGACUGACAGCACCCUCCAAUCAGAUCUUCUGCCGGAGCUCACGGACGCACCUCCAGACCCGCCCACCGAGCACAUAGCCACGCCCCCGUCUACAGUGGACACGGCGGCAUUGAAUGAGGAGCCGGAGCCAGAGCCAGUUAAGCCCGUGUCUCGGCCUGCCCGGCCUGCUCACAUCUGCUCCAUAUGCAACAAGCAGUUCAAGAACAGCUAUAAUUUGCGUCGCCACCAGUCGGUUCACACCGGCGUGAAAAUGAAAGACCGAGCAGCUCGAGAGAAGGUGGACGCAACGAAGGCGGCUCAGCGAGUGGAGAGGCAAACCAUUCCUCUCUCCCUUCUCCAGCUUUCCAUCCCUACUCCAAUCACAGUGGCUACAGAUCCCAUGAUCCACCCAUCCCCCAUCACUAACCAACAGGUGGAGACAGUCGCUGUAUCCAUCACGCCAGCAACGGUUGCCAUGACAAACCCCAGUCUUCCCAGCCCGAUUCAGAUCUCCAUCCCUAUCACAAAUCCACACCCUAUUCCUACACAAAGUCCCAACCCCAAUCCUAGCCCUAACCCUAACCCGGUACGGAAGAACCAUGCAUGUGAGGCAUGCGGGAAGGCUUUCCGGGACGUGUACCAUCUAAAUCGCCAUCGGUUGUCCCACUCAGACGAGAAGCCGUACUCUUGUCCCAUCUGCCAGCAGCGUUUUAAGAGGAAGGACCGGAUGAGCUACCACGUCAGAUCUCAUCAGGGCGGAGUGGAGAAACCGUAUGUGUGUCCUCAUUGUGCCAAGGGUUUCUCACGGCCUGACCAUCUUAACAGUCAUGUGCGGCAGGUGCACUCCACAGAGAGACCCUUCAAGUGUCCGACGUGCGAGUCCGCGUUUGCCACCAAGGACCGGCUGCGUGCUCAUAUGAUCAGACACGAGGACAAGGUUCCCUGCCAUAUUUGCGGCAAACUGCUCUCUCCCGCUUAUAUCACGGAUCAUAUGAGGGUCCACAACCAAUCCCAGCAUCACGUGUGCCACUUGUGCAACCGCAGCUUUACCACACUGACGUACCUGCGCGUCCAUGCUCAGAAACACCAUGGACAGGAGUGGAAAGAGAGCAGCAUGGGCCGUGGUUCGGGGCCCGGUGGGGUUCUAUUGUGCCAACUCUGUGGGGUCCACUGCAAGACUCCCACCCAGCUCCAGGGGCACAUGGCUACUCACGCUAACCAGGCAGAUCCUACGGUACCUGACCCUAUCAGCAGCAGUGGCAGCACUUUAGUGGGCACGGUUUCCACGGCAACCCCUGUCUCCAGCCCUGCAGCCACUGUGGGCCUGCUGGUGACUGACUGCUCUAGCAUCGCUGCCCAGAGCCAUAGCUAACCCCAGGCUGCAGGGGCAUAGAUGGGGGGAAGGGCAGUGGGGGGGAAAGGCACAGCAGUGAAUGUGAACAGGCUGUUACUUUAAAUUGAAAAAGUUUCUUUGGAAAUUUCGCACCCUCCUCCAGCUGUGCUGUCUCUGAAUUCGCAAGCAGUCAGCAUGAGCUACUGACUUCUUGACAGCAAGUCUGAAAACACAUUCAUUUACUUGGUUCAGGCGCUUACAGACUCCCUGCCAGUCCCACUGGAUCUGCUUGGUUUGCUCCACUUUGGUAACUGUUCGAUGAAGACAGACAGCUGGAUUAAGUGUUGCAACGCCUCAAAGUUACGUCACUAGUUUCCCGAGGGAGAAGUUGUGAUAAAAUGAAGGCUGUCAAAUGUUGUUCCACUUUAUUUAUAACCUGUCUCUAGUGGGCAGGAAUCUAGAAUGUUGAGACUAUGAUUUUAGCCAUCCAAUUGAAUCCCAGUAUAACUUAUGUUCAGUAUUUCAACCAAACAGCCAAAUAGGAUCAGGUAACUCCCUCAGAUUCCAGGAUGUUGAAGCUGCCUCUUUAGAGAAGAUCUGCAGCUGUGAGAGAGAGAGAGGCUUGAUGUGAUAUCAUUUCCUGCCAUAAAUUCCUGAUGCCUGUAAACCAUUCAUUUAGAGUUAAAUGUACAACAUAGGAGUCACUUGUAUUGUUUUUUUGUGUGGAUAUAAUGAACUAUUGUUAAAUAUCUUUUUUUUUUUUUCUUUUUCUUUCAAGAAAUCUCAUUUGAUGUUAAUUUAUCUUUAAGCUUUUGACUAAGGACGUGGACGUUUGCUGUUGCUUGAGAAGCUGCAUAAUGCUCUAUCCAUUGAAUCAUGUUUGUGUUUGAAGCUUUGUUGAACACCAAAUCUUUGUUGCUGUCGCCGUGACAUCGAAAUUAAUCAAUGUACAAAUGACAAAUGUGCACCUAAUUAUACUUACUUUAACUAAA